CAGCGAAAGUACAUUUUCCCGUCAUGUCUGGGUGCGACUCGCUGACGCUCGUACUGUACUGCUGCGGGUCGCACAUUUCUGUGCGCUGUGCCCGCUCUGUGUCAGAUCGGCGACAGACGAGGCGACCUUCGUUAAGAGUACGCCACGGAACCAGCAGCAGUUAGAUAAAGCAACACCAGCUUUGUGUAUCAACUUCUUCCGUAGAGUCGUAAGGUACCUUACGUGCCCCGCCCUUUCGUAGGGCUCCCAGCAGAAGACGAUCCGGCCCCGCAGUGCCCAACGCAGAUGUCUACUCAUCGUAGCGUAGGGUUUGAAGCCGAUCGGCCAUUUUAAUGUGGGUGCGUGGCAACGUACGUUUACCGCAUUUCGCCAGCAAGUCAUCAUAAAAAGCACUUGCCCGCCUUGAGAAAAACGCCUGUGACUAAGUGAGUUCAUAAUCCCGUGCCUUGACACUGUCUUCUUCAAAAGGGGCGCACUAGGCUUCUGACGUGUAGUGAGGUACCUUCAAACGACUGGUGUUUUAAGGGAUAUACUGUGCCUCAAUGCCAAGAUAAAAAAAAAGUCCCUUGUCGGCGACGUCGUUAAGAUUGCUGCCAUACUUGAACCGGCUGCUACUUCUACAUCAGAGACGUCGAAGUCUGAUGUACCCAAGACUAGCAUUUUAGGCCUGUUGUCAGGUCCGAUGUCGUGCCAGGGUUCUACGAUGAGGGUCGCCGUAAUCGGAGCCGGAUGCUCGGGCGUCGCAGCCGUCAAGGCAUGCCUAGAAGAGAAUCUGGACGUCGUGUGCUUCGAGGCGGCCUCGAACUCCGGAGGUCUGUGGUGGUAUCGCGACGAAGAACAUGAGGAAGACUUCGACGCCGGCACGGUGAUGCGCUUCACGGUGUGCAACACGAGCAAGGAAAUGUGCGUCUACAGCGACUUCCCGCCCGACAAGGACUGGCCCAUCUUCCUGAGCCACAAGAAGAUGCUCCAGUACAUCCGCGACUACGCGGACCACUUCAGGGUGACGCCUCGGAUACGCUUCAGGCACAAGGUCGUCGACGUGGGCAAGGACUUGACGCUAAGGGUGCGCAACUUGGAGACGGGUGAGGAGUUCGAAGAAAGCUUCGACAGGGUGAUGAUCUGCUCGGGACACCACGCGAUUCCGUCGGUGCCGGUGAUUCCUGGAAGGGACAAGUUCAAGGGACGAGUGAUCCACUCGAGAGAAUACAAAUAUACCGACGAAAGCAUUCGUGGGAAAAGGGUGGUGGUCGUCGGAUUCGGCAACUCGGCGGUCGACAUCGCUGUGGAUAUGGCCGACGUUGCCGAACAGGUUUUUCUCAGCAUGCGGAGAGCCAACUGGGUCGUGCCGCGUCACUACGGCGGCGUCCCCAUCGACGUGGCCUUCUCGAAACAGCUGUUCAUGUUUCUGUACGACUACAUACCGACAAAAGUGAGCUCGUGGUGCAUGCAGUACGUGGCGAACUCCGCCUUCGACCACAAGGCACUGGGACUCGAGCCGCAGCACGAGCUAUUGGCUCAGUACGCAGUCAUCAACAGUGCUUUGCCUGAGAAGGUUCUGAACGGACAAGUCAAGUUCCGGGGCGAGAUCGAAGCCUUCACGGAGCUCGGAGUCAUUAUGGACAACGUGGAGGAGCCUGCGGAUCUGGUGAUCUUCGCCACUGGCUACAAGAACGACGUACCUUUCGCCUCCAGCGUGCUACGUAAAGACGGCAACUUUCCCCUGCUGUACCACCGAAUAUUCCCACCGGAACACCCUCGAAUCGCCUUCAUCGGCUUUGUCGACGUAAACGCGUGCAUGUUGAUGAUCUCCGAGAUGCAGUCCCGCUACGCCGUACAGGUCUUCAGGAACAAGCUCACGCUUCCCUCGUCUAACACGAUGCUCGCCGAAGUCGUGAUGAAGAUGGAGAACGCCCGUAGGUUCUUCGUGCCAUCGCCGCGGCACGCGAUGAUGGUCGACCAGGCAACCUACAUCGGCGACUUGGCGACCAUGAUAGGAGUCAGGCCGAACUUCCGUCGCAUGCUCUUCACGGACCCGUGGCUGUUUUACGCCGCAAUCCAGGCUCCCGCGCUCAACUACAAGUACCGCCUGGAAGGUCCGCACGCCUGGCCCGGAGCCCGGGACGCCAUUCUGGGCUACCAGUCUCGUAUGAGGGCGCCGCUCAAGCCUCCCAUGAGACUGCCUCGCUCCGAGCGAAAGCCCCAGGAAAUCACACUUCUCACUGUCGUCGUCCUCGUCGUUGUUCUCUGUCUGGCCGUCAUGCUCACUUCGGAGUUCCCGCUCUUUAGCGCGGUCAUCUGGUGUGUAGGCGCGCUAUUGUUUUAGGCAAAUGAACUGAUGGCACUUAAAGGAAGGCCGAAAGACAUUGUUUUGCUGCGUACGAUAGUUCUUGGGUUGUUGAAUUUCUUCCAGGAAGGGAUGUAAAAGACUGUGUAGUGAUGUGCUUGCGUAGGUUACUGUUACGUGAGGGAUAUCCAGACAAGGACUACGUAUCAGCUGCUGUCAUGUGAACGGGAUGAGACGUUCUACGGUGGAGGCUCCGAUUGAGCUCUUCCUUAAUUUUCUUUUUGCUUUGCUUUGUGUUAGGGCAAAAACAAAGAAAACAUUGAGAUAAUAGUAGACCAACGUCAAUGAAGCGACAAUGUGAUCCUUUCUUUCGUGUGGUCAGAUAGACUGUGAUGUGCGCCAGUGACAAGCUUACGUAGGAUUGAUGACGCCGACUGAAACACAAUGGAAGCAACAGAACGAGGCGAUGCAUCAAAAGCACGCAUCACUGGAAAGUCCUUGAGAAUGUUGACAAGGACGGUAGUUGUGCAAGCUGUAGCCCGUGAGAAAUCGCACUGGAUGGCAGCGCGUUGCAGUGAGAAUGACGUUGUCGAGUUGUCUGUUCUUUUGUUAUACCUUUUGUACUUUCGUAAUUGGUGGUGUUGUUUCAUACGGUUGACUGCGUUAUAUUAGUUCGGUGAUGAAAUGAAAGUAACCUAUCUUUAACGCUGGUGGCACUUUCUACAGGGAUUCUAUUGAACCAUUAUCCCCGCCGCGAUGGUCUAGUGGCUAAGGUACUCGGCUGCUGACCCGCAGGUCGCGGGAUCAAAGUACGGCUGCGGCGGCUGCAUUUUCGAUGGAGGUGAAAGUGCUGUAGGCCCGUGUGCUCAGAUUUGGGCGCACGAUAAAGAACCCCAGGUGGUUGAAAUUUCCAGAGUCCUCCAAUACGGCGUCUCUCAUAACCAUAUGGUGGUUUUGGGACGUUAAACCCCGCAUAUCUAUCUAUGUGUCUAUUGAACCGUUUCUAGUAACAUUUAUGAUGCCAAGAUAUUGAGGCAUGUGACUGUACGCAUUGAAGAUGCAAAACAAUUUGUGAGUGGUGAUGCCGGCAAUCACAAUGACUGAACGAUAUCAUGCCCGAUUUAAUAAGACUAUUUAGGAAGCACAGCCACUAUUAUGAACGUUCGACCACUUUGAACUAUAUCUGCUUUCCCCGAAUUCUUCAUUCGUGUUAGCAUUCGUUAGUAAUAAACUGAUGAAAGUAAAACUAAUUACAAGCGGAUAGUUAUGUCUGCAUUGAGCGAUUCACAUGAAUGUCAGGAAGGAGGUGCUUAAGUAAGGAAUAAUUAUCACUAUUAAUUUCGAACAAUUAGUACAUUACUGCUUUCUCGUAGUAGAUGAAACUUCACACCAGUUGCUGAAUUUUUUUUUCUGUUCGUGUGAACAAACCGAGCACAAAGAAAAAAAAAGACGUGUGUUUGUGCAGUAAACGUGAACAGUAUUUUUUAAAUCUUGAUGUACUUCAUGAUAUGGCGAAAUGAUGGUAUUACAAGGACGUUAAGAAUAAUAAAAAAGGACACAAUGAA